UGGAUACGAACUCAUACCCAUAAUUGGAACACGGGUUGGGUCGGGUUCUACGGGUUGUGUAAUCCAAAAUCCAAACCCAACCCAAAAGAGGCGGGUUGUACAAAAGAAAACCCUCACCCAACCCAAAACCUUCGAUUUAGCGAUAAAUACGGGUGGGUUGGGUCGGGUUGGACGGGUGGGUCGGUUUGCGGGUGUGUUUGUACACCCCUACCUCCUUGCCUCGAUGGGGCUUACAUCCGUAUUGGGCCGAACCCACAGUACUUCCCUCGUGGGCCUUACCACUUAUUCGAUGGGGACGGCAUGCUCCACGCCCUCACCAUCUCACGCGCCCGUCCACCCACGCUCUGUAGCCGCUACGUCAGGACCCACAAGUACCUCACUGAACGCGCCGCCGGUGGUCCCCUCAUCCCAAAUGUCUUCUCCGCCUUCAACCGUUUCCCCGCCGGCGCCGCCCGCGCCGCACUCACCGCCGUCAGAAUCGCUCUCCGUCAGUUCAAUCCGGCCAAAGGCAUCGGCCUGGCCAACACCAACCUCGCCUUCUUCGCCGGCCGCCUCUUCGCUCUCUGGGAGGCCGAUCUCCCUUACGCCAUCCGCCUGACGGAGAGCGGCGACGUGGAGACAAUCGGCCGCCACGAUUUCGACGGGAAGCUUGGGGUGAGCAUGACGGCGCACCCGAAGGUAGAUCACCGGACGGGCGAGACCUUCGCGUUUAGGUACGGCCGUGCGCCGCCGUUCCUCACCUACUUCCGAUUCGAUGCCGACGGCGGGAAGAAGCCGGAUGUUCCAAUCUCCUCCCUGAGCCGGCCACCUUUUCUCCACGACUUCGCGAUUACGGAGAAGUACGCGCUGUUCGUGGAGACUCAGAUCGGGAUGGACGUGUGGAGGUCGGUUUUCCGAGGCGGGUCGCCCCUCAGAUCCGACCCGAAUAAGGUGUCCCGGAUUGGGGUGAUCCCGCGUUACGCGGCGGACGGGUCGGAGAUGAGAUGGUUCCACGUGGCAGGGUUCAACCCCGUCCACGUGUUGAACGCGUGGGACGAGGAGGACGGCCACAGGGUGGGCAUGCUAGUGCCGAACGUCACGUCCGUGGAUCGCGCGUUGGAGAGGUUCGAUCUCACCCACGCGCAGGUGGAGAAGGUGCGGGUCGACUUGGACACGGGGAUGGUCUACCGGGUCCCGGUCUCGACCCGGAACGUGGAAUUCGGGUCGGUUAACCCGUGUUACGUAGGGAGGAAGAACCGGUUUGUCUACGCUGGAAUCGGGGACCCGACUCCGAAGAUAUCGGGGGUUGUGAAACUCGACGUAGGGGACGAAAUGGCGGGUUGGACGAGGAGAGAGAGUGCGGUCGCGUGUAGAAUGUUCGGGCCGGGUUGCUUCGGCGGGGAACCGUUCUUCGUGGCGAAGGAUCCGGGGAGUUCGGAGGCGGAUGAAGACGACGGGUACUUGGUGACGUACGUUCACAACGAGAUCAAUGGGGAGUCGAGGUUUUUGGUGAUGGACACUCAAUCGCCGGAGCUCGAGAUUGUAGCGGCGGUAAGGCUGCCGCGGCGGGUUCCCUACGGAUUCCAUGGUCUGUUCGUGAGGGAGAGUGACCUACGUAGGGCAUCCGGACCGUAA